CGUGCGCACACAGAGUUGCUUUUUCUGCAUGGCGUAGCGCUUCCAUGUCAACCCCCGCACAGCCUUGGGAACUGCGUCUUGCGUGAACUACAUAUUUAUCGAUGUCCCACCCGGAUGCGGGAAACAUUACUGUGCGACGCGUGUGCUGGGAUAGAGAAGAGCUAACACGGGCACGCGAUAGUCGACAGCGCCGUUUCCGCGAGUCUUCACCGCACGAACCGAGUCCAUCUCCUCCUCCGUCACACUAUCCAAGCCCGAAGAGGAGAAUCACCUCUUCGGCCCAGCCAAAAUCGCCGUCAACCACUCCAUCAGCAUCCCCGGCAACCCGAUCCUCCCAAAGGACCAAGAUGUGAAGAAAUUCCUGCGCCGCGACCUCGAGGUCGACCGCCUCAACGGCAUGCACCAGCACCUGUGGUGGGCCGGGCGACCCUACAACAUCCGUGCCCUCCACCAACAGAAAGUUUGCAAUCGCGGCAUCGUCAUCAACGAAAAACCCUGGCUUCACCUGCUCUGGUACGAACAGAUCAUCUUCAUCAAGCCACUUCCCGCCUACCUCCUGUCGGUGCCAUUCUUUGAUGAGCACAUCGAACCUGACGAGGACCUGCGGGCCCUGGCACUCGGCUUCCUGCGAUCGUACGCGAAGCUGAUCCAGUCCCCCAUCGAUCUGAAGAUCGCGCAUGACGAAAAUCUAGUGCCGGAGAAUCUGGAAUGGGAGGUGUGGGCGCGCCUGGCCCCGCACUUCACGUACCUGGAGGACAGCAAGGUGAACAAGCGAUACAAGUACGGCGAGCUGCGGCUGCCGCGCGUAAACCAGGCGCACCGCUUCUGCAUCGACUUUCCGAACGGCUACUACUCGCAGUACGUGACGUACAAGCAGUUCUUCAACCAGAACUUCGCGUGGCUGCUGCUAGCGGUCGUCUACGUCUCCGUCGUCUUGACCGCGCUACAGCUGCUGCUCAGCACCGACGAGAAUACCGUCCCCCUCGAACGCCCGUCCCUCGAAAAGAGCAGUUGGUGGUUCGCUAUGAUGAGCAUGGUCGUCCUGUGCGCCACGUGCGGGCUCAUGGUCAUCCUCGUCAUCGGCUCGUUUACUUAUCAUUGCAUUUGCACAGUCCAGAAUCUGCAGAGGCUCAAUAUGGACUGGGUUGGUGGGAGGAGGAGGAUUGCGGAUCCGGAGAAGCCGGUGGGGUUAGGUAGUUGAAGCGUUGUCCGGGGGUGGUCCCGUAGGCCGUGGCGGAGGGGCGGAGGG